UGGUGUCGGUGGUUGUUUGGUGGUGUCGGUGGUUGUUUGGUGGUGUCGGGAGCGACGAAGGGGCGGGGGACGCGGAGUUGACGUUGCCUCCUCCUUUUCCUCCCCCCCCCCCAUUGCCGCACGCACACAGAGAGGAGAGACUGCGAGCAGGAAUCAUGUUGGUGACGGCCGCAGUACUGCUGAUGAGUGCCUUGUGCUGCACAGGGCAACAAAUCAAUGUCAACACAUUCGAUCCGGACUGCAUUGACAUAUUUCCACAGGAUGAAAUGCACAUGUGCCAAGGUGGUCUGAAAGUGGACUACCCAGAGGCUGGUGAUGUCGCCUGCAGCGUCAUUACAAAGUGCUACAACUUCCGCUCCUUGAUUACCAACAAGUGGCCGGCUCCUUCCAUUGUCUUUCCUACAGCCACGUUGGAUGCAAAAUACGUGCUGGUGAUGGUUGAUCCCGAUGCUCCCAGCCGUACCAAUCCAAUCUGGAAGUACUGGCGACACUGGCUCGUGUCCAACAUCAAGGGCUCCGACCUUCGCAAUGGGAAUGUGAAAGGAAGCGUCCUCACUGAUUACAACCCACCGUCGCCUCCAUCAGGCAGUGGGUUCCAUCGCUACAUGAUCUUCAUUUUCAACGAACCCGUGGAUCAGACGAUCAGCCUGACGCCCUCCGAGAAAGCCUCCAGAGGUAAAUGGAUGUUCGAAGACUUCGUCGAACGCUUCAAACUGGGCGUCCCAGUGGCGUCUGCCGAGUUCAUAACCAAGAACGGCAACGAUUCGUAAAAAUGUCCGGCCUCACCCGCUGUGACGCUUGUGCUUUCCGCUCUUGCUCGCGACGCCGCUUGAACAUUGCAAAUGCAAUCCCCUUGACUCUGUAAGCACAGCUACGCACGCGCAUUACAACCAGUUCGCUUGGGCGAGGAAUUUUUUUUCAAACGAAGCCACAAACCCCUCCCCCCUAAAAAAAAAAGGCUGAAACGGUGUUAUUUUCAUGAAUUACUAAAAAAAGAAAAACCCUAUCAAUCGUGGCGGUGGCAGAAAUUUGCUUCUGUAAAUUAGAACUGCUGAUUCGGCACAAGAAUGCACACGUACAUGGGGUCUUAAAUACCCGAGUCCAGAAUGGCAAUGACCUGGCCAAUCCCUCCCCCCCUUCCCCCGCCUGCUCUCAUGAGUCCAGUGCCUGAUUACCGUCGAUGCAACCGCUAAUGCCGUCCAGAAUGUCAGGAUGUUGCAAUGUAUGAUGUGAGUGAGGAUGUGGAAUUAACAGAAAAAGAUUUCAUUUAAAAACAACUGCUGAUUCGGCUGUCAAAUCGCAGCUCCCCCAGCGACGGGUCCGACGGGAGUGGUUCCAAUUCAUUAGAACUUUCAAAUCUCGCUCUCCGUGCCCUGAGCCCCAUAGACCGAAACGACAGAGCCCCCCGUGCACUGCGCACUGCGAUGCAGCUUGUGCGGCGGGAAUCCAGCGUGAAUUUGCUUUUGUUUUUUUUUUUAUUUUUUGCUCGUCGUUGCAAACGUCCCAACAGCUUGCUUCAUAACCGUGACGUUAGCAUUGCCAUUAUAGCAUUUUCGUUAUAGCGUUGUCGUUCGCUUUGUCGUUAGCAUUGCCAUUGUAGCAUUGUUGAUAGCAUUGCCGUUAUAGCAUUGUUGAUAGCAUUGUUGUUAUAGCAUUGUUGAUAGCAUUGUUGUUAUAGCAUUGUUGAUAGCAUUGUUGUUAUAGCAUUGUUGAUAGCAUUGUUUUUAUAGCAUUGUUGUUAGCAUUGUUGUUAUAUCAUUGUUGUUAGCAUUGUUGUUAUAGCAUUGUUGAUAGCAUUGCCGUUGUAGCAUUGUUGUUAGCAUUGUUGUUAUAGCAUUGUUGAUAGCAUUGUUGUUAUAGCAUUGUUGAUAGCAUUGUUGUUAUAGCAUUGUUGUUAGCAUUGUUGUUAUAGCAUUGUUGUUAGCAUUGUUGUUAUAGCAUUGUUGUUAGCAUUGUUGUUAUAGCAUUGUUGAUAGCAUUGCCGUUGUAGCAUUGUUGUUAGCAUUGUUGUUAUAGCAUUGUUGUUAGCAUUGUUGUUAUAGCAUUGUUGUUAGCAUUGUUGUUAUAGCAUUCUUGUUAGCAUUGUUGUUAUAGCAUUGUUGAUAGCAUUGUUGUUAUAGCAUUGUUGAUAGCAUUGUUGUUAUAGCAUUGUUGAUAGCAUUGUUGUUAUAGCAUUGUUGUAGCAUUGUUGCGCAGGGGUCACGAGCAGCGCGAUGCAGGGAAGGCGUUUGGGGGGGUGAGGGGUUUUUUUUGGGGGGGGGGCACUCCCCUCGCCCACGACCCCAACCCUCCCAUCGCUGCCAUCUCUGUACUCGAGCGACAAUGCAAACUCCGGUGUUACACUUUGUUCAUUUGAUUUUUAAAUCUACGACGACGACGACGAUGCCGACGAUGAAAAAAAAUCAUCAAGCAUGACGGUGACGACGACUGGCCACCAAAAACGACCAGAGCGCGACUUUUUGUGGCGAGGCUGAAACUUACCGGUCUGAGUGAAGACUCGGACAACGAUGACUUCAUGACGGUGUUAAGAGACCACAGUGCACAGAGGGAGAACAACAAUGGUUAUUUGCAGGAAAUGUGUUUUUAAAAGUCUUCUCGAGUUCACUGAUUGGGUGACCAAAUUAGGGCGCCACGAUGGCGAGAUGUUAACUACGUCGCCUGGUAUGCAGGAGGUCGUGGGUUCGAUCCCAACCCUGACGCCUGCUGCUGUAUAUUGUAAGUUUACUUGUUCUCACCGUGGUUGUGAGGAUUUAUUUUUUUCCGGGCCCUCCAGCCUUUCCCUCCACAUUUAAAAACAUGCGUUCAGAGUAUUUGGCUGCAAUACAUUGCCGCGUGAUGAGCCACUUCGUUGAGCUGUCAUUUGUGGUCAGGUCACUUCUGAAGAAGAGCUGUAUACAUUUCGAUUUAAAGCUUUCGUGACUGCAGGGAUUCAUAUUGUUGGUUCUUUCGGUAAAGUCACGUAGAAGGGAAAUUAUAAAAUAAUACAAAUUAAACAAUACAAUUCUCACGACGUUUCGAUUGCAACACAAGCAAUCGUCAUCAGGUGUGAAAGCCAUUGUUAUAUUUUUAUUAUUUUAUUAUUUCCCUUCUACGUAACUUUACCAAAAGAACCAAGAAAAAGAGCUGUAUAGCCCAGAGGGCCCAUACGUGAUGAAAUGAAAAUAGUUUGAGGGGAUGCCCCUCACACACACAAAUACCGAAGAGGGAACCAUUUCACCCGUUUCGUCAAGUCCACUAAGAUAACCUCCCAACGAAAGCCGUCGAUUAAGAUUUGACGAACAUUUCACAGGCUGUCCCUAGACUCGAGGAAGAGUGGCUCAAAUGUUCAAAUAAAAAGUUGACGAUGAACACAGCGGGUGGGAAUAUCCCACCUUGUGGAUGGAAGUGAAAGGACCGUGGCGGAGACAUCACUAGGGGGCACUGCGAUAGCAGUGGGUCUCACUAAAGUCACAUUGGGUGCGACAAAUCUUAUUUCUCAUCACUGGAGCUUCUGGCUGGCGCUUGACAAGCUGCAGUUGCAGCCAACCACCUCGGUACUGUGUCGACAAUGCGGCAGGCUGUUUGUUGUUCGUCCUUUAAAUAUUCCCCGUGUGAACUAAAUUACGAGCAGUUGCAAAUGGGCGAGAGAACUUGGAAUUACGUUGAACUGCGUGAGCUACUGUUCAUGACUCUUUCGGAUUUUGCUUGCUCGAAUCGCGUUUUUGAAAGCGUUGGAAGUAUACUUUAAGUGCGCUACGUUGCCACAUUGUUCGUGAUGACUUGUUGUUGUCGUUCCAAUGAAGGGGAUCGCGCAAUAUGCUUGUUGUAUAAUUACCUUUUUAAUCAGAUGCGGUCCCAUUUAAAGUGGAAUUUCCUCUUAGUCUGCAAAUUCGAUCGGUGCAACUUAAGGGUGGUGGGUGGGGUGGGGGGCAUACGUCACUCGGACUGUGUUUUAUGCAACCGGCCACUGGACUAAAGACAGAGCGUAAAGCAACAACACGGGAUGUCUCAACGCAGCCAACAUUUGAAGCAAGCCAUCGCGCAUGCCAGAAUCGUUACAAAAUGGACAUGGGAGAAAUGACGACCCAUGCUACUUUUCACUCAUACGGGGCAAAGGGGCCCCUUUCUCAAAAAAUGCGUGGAGGCCGUGCUCGUGUCUAUUGGCAGCUCUGAGUCGGUGGAGGACAUUCUCACUUUACAGACCCCCGGAGAGAUGAUUGGUCGUUUGAUUGCGAUUGCACGGAUAUGUUUUUUCGUGUCCAUGCAAAAAAAAAUGUUAUUUGCUUUCUUACAGCUGCAUUUCACAUUGUUAAUAAUGCAGUGGAAAACGCAAUAUGUUCGCCAACAAGAACCAACUUAAGUUUUUGAAAUGUGUAGCUACGUAUGACAACGGUAUUGAAUGGUCUUUGAUACAUGACAUCUUUUUUUACUCAAAAUUGAAUUUUUAACACCAUGGCAUGUAACGAUAAUCAGCCCUUAAUUUAGUCCCAAUUAUUGAAAUUGCAUUUUACGUAGUUACAUUACUUUUGAACAAUGUACAGAUUAAUACAUUGUCAAAUUUCUGCCAAAAACAUUAUUUCACGAUUCAAAUCAUUGCCGCCUUGAAAUGUAUGCACUGUGAAAAACACAAGUGCACGUUAUUAUACGAAUGAUUAUUGCAAAUAUUUUUUUUCAUUUGGACGUAAUCAUACAUUUAAAACAGUGUUACAAGCACUGAAAGCUUACCGAAUUUAACGCUGAAAGGUCAGAGAUUGCAUUUGCAAGCUUUGCUAUUUGCCAGAUAUAUCUAUGCUUUGUAGGUGUUGCAAUUACAUAUUGUCUGCUUUGGAACUUUGCAAAAACGACAAGGGUUAUGCAUUUCAAAAUAAACGACAGCUCAUUGCUUUC